AUAACACUAUGGUGUUGUGUAAUAGACCUUAAUAGUGCGAUACCUUGAAAUAAUUUCUUUUCUUGUCGUUUACGCAAUAAGUAUAGUCGGCAAAGGGUUGAUUUUCUUUUUUAUUUAAAAAGAAAAUUUGUUACAAUCUUUAAUAAAAAAUCAAAAUGUUACGAAUUGUUGCUGGAAGAAUGCUUGCUGCGGCAAAACAAGCAAUUCAACCUCGUGUAAUGACUGUCAGAUCAUCUCAUGGCAAAGUAAUGACUGACGAGGAAGUUGAUGCAGAAUUUAUUCAAUAUUUCGAACGUAAAGAUAUUGAUCAUUGGGAACUUCGAAGUGCCAUGAAUCGUCUUGCUGGUAUGGACAUGGUUCCCGAUCCAGCAAUUAUUAUUGCUGCUUUAAAGGCAUGCAGACGCUUAAAUGAUAUUGCUGUUGCAAUAAGAUUUAUGGAAGUGGUGAAAUUCAAAUGUGGCGAUCAACUCGACAAAUUUUAUCCCUACAUUCUUCAAGAAAUUCGACCCACUUUAGAUGAAUUGGGAAUUAAUACACCCGAAGAAUUGGGAUACGAUAAACCUGAAUUAGCGCUUCAGAAUGUUUAUGAUAUUCAUUAAGAAAAAAGAGAAGAAAAAAAAACAAAAAAAAAAAAAAAAAGCAAAUAGGACUAUGUUAAGUUUCACCUAGUCUUUAAAGUCCACUAGAAACUAAUAUAUAAAUACAUCAUCAAGUCCUGAUUACAUCAAUUAAUUGAAAAUUUAGCUCAUUAAAGUAAUUUUUGAAAUAUCGCUGUUACUUUGCGUAUUUCGUUAAUAAAAAUUUAUUUACAAGAGAAAAAAAA